AUGGAGAAAGCUACAUGUGCCAUUCCGAACGACUCGCUGGAAGGCAAUGUGCAUGCGUUUGUGGAUCUGUUUAUGGUUGUGACAGUGGGGAUGGCGCUCUGUGUCAUGCUCUUCCGCGUGCUGUUCACCGUGUUUCCCGUGUCAGCACAUCGCUCUAAAUCUAGUAAACCCAACGUUAGCUCCGGUGUUUCCCGAAGCCUAAAAGCUCAGGACAGGCUCCUCGCCAAGAACGCGACCAGUGUACGAUACCGCUUAGAGCGCGACACUCGCACGCGGCUGCCACGCCGCUCCACGUACUACUCGAUGCCCUUCUUUGCUGAUACGGUUGCCAACAAACAGGAGUUCGUGGAGAGCCUUGUGGAGCUUGGAGACGCGUCACUGGACGGCUGGCUAUUAGUCAAGAAAGGGAUGCAACGAGGCAAACAGUGGAAGAAACGCUUUGUUGUUUUAGAUGCACACGCAAGGAUUAAAUACUACCCAAAUGCUGCUGCAGCAAGACGCAAUACGAACGUCAAGGGAACGCUUGCUGUGCAUGCUGUGAAGCCUGCUAAUCCUUUCGAGUUUGGAGCCAACACAAUUGAGAUUAGAGGAACUCUUGGCGGCACGUACUUUUUUAGGGCGGAGGACGACAUGGCCACGCGCUCCUGGCUGUGUGUGCUGACGAUGCGCGCGAUCCAGGGCCAUAUUCCCGGACGCAUUGAUAGUGUGCUAAGCGCAGCGGUUGCUCCAAACCAGACAGCAUUGGCGACGGAUAGCUCGGGUGCUCGUACGCCCUCGUCAGCGCCAAAAUUGCAUUCCAUCUCCGACUCGAAUGAAAAUGCUUAUAACGCGCUGAAUUUGCUGAUCAAUAAUAGAGAUGAUGUCGAAGCUCCUUCUAUGCGGCUGAAAUCGCACGCGCUUGAACUUUUGGUGCAGGACAUGAGUUACGACAAAGAUGCAUCGUUGCGCCAAUUUUAUGUGGUGGCAAAAUUUAAAUCCGCGCUUCAUGACUAUUCGAGCGUGCCCGUUGGGCAGACUACCCCCUAA